AUGGCGCCGAAAACGUCCAAUGGACGGCCUCCGAUCCCGAAUCCAUAUGGCGUCGACUACUCUCCCACGGACCGCGCAACCUGCAAGGUUUGCCUCGGCCGAAUCGGCGAGGGGGCGAUUCGCUUCCUCCGCAAAGUGUGGAGCCCGUGGCACGACGGCUUUGACGUUCAGAAGAUUCAUCUGCGAUGUAGCUCAAACUAUGAACCGACUCUCGCAGACCUCAAAGGCUGGCAAGCGCUGCGGUGGGAUGACGUGCUCAAGGUCGCCGCGAAAUUUGGAGGGAGAGUCAAGGAGAACCAUUCGUUGGUGCAAGAGUACAAGCGCCGCUCCGAGGGUGUCUGGGCGUUCGUAGACAUGUUGAAGGACCUUCCCAAGAAGCAGCUGCUCGCCAUCUUGGACGCGAACGAGAUUUUCUACAACGAAAAAAAGAUCUCGACGCUCGAGGCCGCUCAGAUCAUCGCGGACGGAGCUCUCUUCGGCCUCUUGCCGCGUUGUCCGCUGUGCAGCACUCGCGCACUUCUUCAGGAGGGCCCCGAGAUCCGUUGCCGUGGCUACAUGCCCAACUCGGCGAUGCGUUGCUCGUUCCGCUUCGGCCUCGCAGACCUUGUGAAUCCCGAGAAGAAGCCGGACAACAGCGUAACGGGCGUGCAGGAGUCCGACCUGACGCGUACGGAGUUGUUCACGCUCCCCCCCGAGGCGCAGCGCGUGCCUGUGCUCCGCCAGUGGAGGCCGCCGAAAGACAUUCCUGGCGCACUCAAGCUCGGCAACCCCAUCGGGCAGCCUCCUAAGAAAGGCCAGGUGAAGUACGACAGCGAAGGCGAAGACGACAAGGAGAUUCCGAAGAGGAAGGAGUUGACUGGCCUCAAAUUUGCGUGCAUCGGAACAACACAUCCUCCACGGCCCGCGCUGGCGAAGUUGAUCGUCUCGCAUGGCGGCGUUUUCAGCGAAGGACUGGAGAGCGAUACUGACAUUCUCCUCGUGAGCGACGACUCCUGGGCUAUCGCCAAAGACUCGCAGCGCUACCGAGAUGCGCAGCUCGCAGGCGUGGCGAUCAUGCGGUGCAGCUUCGUGACCGCGCUGGUCUCACGGAAGAGCGUCAAACCCAAGCUGAGUUUCGCCGAUGUGAAGAAGGCGCUGCGGAAGACGGAGGACUUUGCUCAGGUUUCCGAGUCUCUGCCGAAACGGAAGUUCGCCGCGUACUAUUUGGUUGAAGGCGAGCUGAUGCGCCCGUUCCCGCGUGUCGCGGAAGCCCUCCAGAAGCUCGAGGCGGCUCAGGCGCUCUCCACCGCCAAGGCGAGCGUCAUGCGGCCAACAAUUAAAGCCGGAUCGGCUCUGUUGCGCGUCGAUCCCCUGUUCAGCCGCAAGGGCGGCAAGAUCUACGUCGACAAGUUCCGCAACGCGUACAACGUCUCCACGCAGUUCACCGAUAUCUCUACAGGUGUCAACAAAUACUACAACCUCCAGCUCAUUCAGACCAACUCCACGUAUCACCUCUUCACCCGGUGGGGUCGCCUCGGUGCAGACGACAAAGUCACCAACGACUACCGCCAAUACAGCCAUGGGUCCAGUCUCAAAAGCGCCAUAAGCGCCUUUGAAUCGAAGUUCUUCGGUCUGACGGGUUUCUCCUUCGCGGAUAGAUUCGACACGCCUCAGCAGCCUGGGAGAUACGCUGUGGUCGAGCUGGAAGGCUAUGCUCACGACGAGCCCGAGCAGGGCGCGCAGAAGCCCGGCGAAAGGGAGACGAAAGUUAAGACCGAAGUCGCGCAUGCCGAGGCGGGAAAAAGAGUGAAGGAGGACACCAGCGACGGCGAGCGCAAGAAAAAGAAGACGAAAACCGAGGAAGGCGCGAGCAAUAUCAAAGUGGAGACGGAGAGCACUCUCGCGCCCGCGGUGCAGCAGUUCAUUAAACUCAUCUUCGAUCGCGACAUGGCCGCGAGAGCUCUGACUGAGCAGCACCUGAACUUGCAGAGAAUGCCUAUCGAGAGUAUCUCGAAGCGACAGCUGAGCGAAGGAUACGCAGUCCUCCAGGAACUCCAAGCUCUCCUUCAAGAGUCUGGCGAGCAGCGAGCGACGCAGCGCGUGGCCGUCAAGCUCGCCGACGCCACCAACCGGUUCUACAAUAAAAUUCCGCACGUUUUCGCCCGCAACGCCGUCCCGCCAGUGAUCGACUCCCUGGCCAAGCUGCGGACCAAGGUGGAGGUGAUGGAGCAGCUCCUCGACGUCUCGGUGGCGAACUCGCUGCUGGAUGGUGCGAUGAAGAACGCCAAGGACAAACACCCGGUCGAUGCGCAGUACGAGCAGCUUAAGUGCCAGCUCGAGCCUGUUGAGCGCGCGAGCGAAGAGUGGAAGCUGGUUGAGACGAUGCUCCAGCGCACGCAUGCGCCCACACACAACACGUGGACGCUGGUGCUCGAGCAGCUCUUCAAGUGCGAGCGCAAGAACGAAAAGGAAAGGUUCAACAAAUCUGUCGACAACCGCAUGCUCCUGUGGCACGGGUCCAGAUUGACGAACUGGGCGAGCAUUUUGUCUCAAGGUCUGAAGGUCGCGCCUCCGGAGGCGCCUUCGUCGGGCUUCAUGUUUGACAAGGGUGUUUACUUUGCAGACUUGGCUAGCAAGUCGUCGCAGUACUGUUUUGCGACGUCAAAGAAUCCGGAGGGCAUUUUGCUGCUAUGCGAAGUCGGGCUCGGCAAACCGUAUGUCCGGCUCGAAGCGGACUCCGAGGCCGCGAAGCGCUGCGAAGAAAAAGGCUGCCAUAGCUUGUGGGCAGUUGGAAAAUCCGCGCCAGACGCUAAGGAUGACAUCACGGUCGAUUCUGCAAUCGAUGACUCGAAGGUCAAGGCGCGCACGGGUCGCUGCUCGUCGAACAAGAAGGCUGUCGAUGAAGCGAAGAAGGACGCGUCUGCAGGGGCUGACACUGCGUUGCUCUACAACGAAUACGUCGUUUACAACCCGAAUCAAAUUUUCAUGCGCUACGUGCUGCGCGUGAAAUUCGAAUUCGCUUCGUUUGACCUCGACGACGAACUCUAG